GGUUUGGAGAGCUCUCAGUAUUUCCUUAUAUUAAGGGGGGAACUUCAACCACACCUCGGAGAUCUGGAGAACAGAGAGUCUUUUCCACCCUCAGCUCACUUCACACAAGAGAUCAUUCACUUCAGCCUUUACAUCUGGAUUCUGUUGUAAGGUUUCAAGAUUUGAGUGAAACAGCAAAGCCUCACAUAAACAUCAGAACCAAUUGGAAAUCAGGGUCUCGGGAACGCCAGAGGGAAUAAGGGGUCUUGUGUUAAUAAAGGAAAAGACACAAGGAGAGAUUUGAUCGGGACGAAGGUUUUUGGACAAGGCCCAGUUUAUAUCACAGAGAGUUAAGAACUGAGAUUCUCUGUCUAUCUCGUCUCAAAACGGUCAGCAGGGUGGCGAGAGAGAGUGAGGAAUCGAACCGGUGUGUGCCGGAGAUGAGUGCAUUUUGGCAUAAGAUUGGCUGCUGUGUGGUAGCCAAACCUCCUCCGAAGAAGAAACGGAGGAGAAUUGAUCGUAGCAUGAUUGGAGAGCCCACAAACUUUGUCCAUCUGACGCACAUAGGCUCUGGUGAAAUGGCAGAUGGCAUGCAGCCGUCUGGGCCAAUGCAGGAACAGAUGAGAUCCAAAGUGCCUCACGCUAAUGGCCGAAACAGCCUGUUAUAGCCUCUUUACUGUGUUUUAAUUUUAACCCCUCAGCAGAACCUGUCCAACAAGCGGCACUUUACCAAUUUGAAUACGGACCAGCUUUGCAUCAACAGAACGUGUUGUGGUCACAAAUGGCAACAUGGCUGCAGUUGCCAACAUGGACGACACCUCUGCUGGGUUUUUUAUGUUAUGGGUCUUCUUUUCAGAGGAGAUAUUGUCCCUCCUUUAAGACUGUGUUUUAUUAUUUGGACCGGGAACGUGUGGAAAAGUGUGGAAGUGUGCGUUUGAAUGUUUUUGAGACACUGGUUGCGUUUGCUAUGGAAGAGGAAAGGCUCUUAUCACAGUAACACAGGAGACUAUUUAACUGCCUUCCCAAAGUUAUAACUGGCAUGUUUGUCGUAGUCUGUCAUUGAUAAGGAUGUGCGCGAAUGCGUUUGCUUUUGUAAUGGAAAAUGUUUAUCUAUACCAUAACGGCGUCUCAACUAUUUUACAGUUGCACAAAUCGUUGGUGAUGAAAAUGAUCCAAAUCCUUUUUAAUAAGUGUAUAGUACAUCUGUAGUAUUAAUAAUGGCGUCUCAGGAUUGCAAUAAAAACCCUGGCGGAAGUAUUAGAAGUAUUAGUUGAUUGCUCUUUAGCUUUGAUAAACGUUGCCUCAAAAAUGUAAUUUAUUUACACACCUUCAUAAACUCGUUUUAUGUGAGACAAAGUAUCAUAUCUGUCAGGCUCAAAGGACAAAGCGGUAUUAAAAAAACGUAUCCGUAUGACCCAUGCCCUAUUAUUUUACUUAAUUUAAACUGCGUAAUAAGUGUUUACACAAAAAAUAACUAUACAAGUUUUACAUGAUGGUGAGUCAACAAUGACUAAAAAUGAAUAAUCAUUUUUGGACCUUUAACUGCUCAUCUGAUAGGACUUUGAACGCCAGCUAUCUUGCAGGCUUCCUGCCAGUCGAAGUUAAAUGAUCAGACAUUUACUUUCACACAUCAAGCUCCACCUCACACAAGCUCAAACACAAGCUUUCUGUUUGCAGAAAUCACAUGGCACCGAUGUGCACCUGCCUGUGACGGCCAUUAAAUCGCACACAUGCACCUCGUAUACUUAACUCUGUAUGUGUGUAUAUGAGUUUUGUAUAUGGCUCUGUGUAGCACUGUGUUUGGGAGAAUUUCUCAUGUUGACAAACAGAUGUUUGCUGUAAUUGUUUUAUUCUGAUGCUUUGCUUUGCAAGAUCCCAAACUGUAAUUUACUUGUUAGAAAUGUUGUAUGUUUUGGUAGCGAAACCUUCAGAAAGCUUUCACAAUGUCUGUAUUGCUGUAGUGUAUUUUUAGUACUGAGGCACUCAAACAUUUCAUUUUUUUAUUCAGUAUAGAGAAAAUCUUUUCGUUGCAGCCAAAGACAUCUCUGUUAAACCUUAUGAUAAAUGUUGCUUAUGGUUUCUAUGGCUUUUUUCAUGUGAGCUGUUUACCAUCUUUAAGUAUCUGCUGUCACUUUAUAAAGCCAAAAUGGUAAUGGUGCAUAGCACUCAGUUUGCUUCUUUAUUUUUCUCUUUUUAUGUUUAAAUUUUUUUUUUUAGUUUAUUAGUUUGUCAUCGAUUGUGUGAUCAAACUUGUGGUUCACAUGACAUGGUGUUAUGUCGGUGCAUCUUUUCGAUUUGUACUGAUUGUUGUGCUUUGACUUGUAACAAUACAGUUGUACAAAGAG